GGGCGUGAAGCAUUCUUUACUCAUGAACAGCAAAGAAAACAAAACAUCCCUCCCAAAGCACAGCAUCCAGAGUUUAAAAAGAGCCUCAGCAUCCUCCGCACAACCACAACUACAGGCGCUAAGGCAGACGCUAACACCGACGCUAACACCGACGCUAACACCGACGCUAACACCGACGCAGCUCAACCCUCCACAGAAAACUCCAAACAUGAAGACCAGUCUGCUCCUCUCUCUGGCCUUAACUAUCGCCCUGUCCAUCACCUCAGUCGUGGCCUUGUUUUGUGUGACCUGCACAAAUCCAAACGACUCAAACUGUGGCUCCACGACUCAGUUCAGCUGCAGCAGCGGAGAGACCCAGUGUGUGUCGGCCACCGUCCUCACCACCUCCAGCGGCGGCACGUCCACCCAAAAGGUCAAAGGUUGUGCCGUGUCCAGCUUCUGUCCGUCCGCCGGUACCCGGGACUUUUCUCUGAACGUCAGUACCUCCAGCGUUUUGGCCAAAGCCGUCUGCUGCUCCACCGACAAUUGCAACUCUGCCGACGCGCCCGCUCCGACCGCCCCGCCCGCCGGGACGCUGCAGUGCUACAGCUGUAACCCUCUGACCAGCACCUGCUCCACUGGACUGACCUGUAACACUCUGGAGACACGCUGCUUCACCUCCUCAGUGAUUCCGACGGGCAGUAGCACAGCUGUCCCGGGUCAUGGCUGUGCUUCAGAGAACAUUUGUGCGGCGGCGGCCGCUCUCUCCUCGUUGCCGCUGUUCACCAACAUUGGUUCCGUCCAAGGGACCCCCACCUGCUGCAGCACCAACAACUGCAACCCCCUGCCCACCACCACAGCGCCCCCUACCACGACCACAACUACAACCACCACAACUACCACCACAACCACCACCACAACCACCCCCACCACCACCAGUACGACUGUCGCAGCGAAUACGACCACAUCAGGCGCCUCGUCCGUCACGUCUCUACUUCUGCUGCAGCUCCUCGCGCUCGUCCUCGCGUUCCUCUGCUAAAGACUCACAUUUGAAGAUCAAUUUGACUCUAAAUGUUCAUGUUGUGACGUCUGUGCUGUAUUUCCAAAACAUUCUAAUAUCAGGAGUUUCUCUUUAAAAUGGCCGCUCACGUCGACCAGUGAGGCUGAGGCUGAGGUGGACCAGGUUCUGAAGCACUUUUUUUCAAAUUCAAAUGUAUUUAUUUAUAAUUUUUUAUCAUUUUAUUAUUUGUUGAAUAAAAGUAUUGGAGUCAAAGAAAAUGCUACAAGCUACAAGUUCUAUAAUGUGAGUAAUUAAAACAUCAAACUCACCAAACAGCAGUUUAAUGAUCUGCACAUCCAGUGACUUUCAGUGAGAUGAUCUUUAUUUAUGCAUGUAUAAUUUGAUAAUGAAAUUAAAUAAUAUUAAAGCCUGUUUAAUAAAAACAUGAAAGAUCC